AUGGUGCCACGAGCCGGGAACAUUCCUCAACGAAAUCAAGCGUCUGAACUUGGAUUCGGUCGACCAAAUGACAACAACCGACGAAACAAUCCGUCUUCAUCAGGAACGGAGAAGGAUCACCCAAGAAAAAAUCAUGCAUAUCCAAAUAUACAUAGAGGCGUUGGAAUCGGUCAAUACAGAGUGGAAACAAUUCAUCCAGCAGAUUUCAGUCUCAACCAAAAGAAAAGAAGAAGAAGAUCGAUACCUUCAGAUAAACGACGAUGA